GGAUCCCCUCUCCUCCCCCGCUCCUGCCGCACACCUCCCUUGUUGUGCCACCACCCAGCGUACAAGAGCCGGCAGGAGCAGCAGCAACCACCCCACGUUACUUUGAUUGACAGUUGAACAAAUGUUUCCCCUGUUCGAACGCCGGCGCAAUCGAACGUCAGCAAUCUCAAAGCUCCACCUCAGGCAGAGCAAAGAAGGGAGGGUUGGGGGAGAGCCCCCUCAAAGAGACUCGUCUGAUUGGCUGUCGACCAAAGCUACGUCUAGUCCCCACGUGGGGGAAUCAGAGCGGAGCCACCCCCCACCAGAGAGCCGUAAGCCCAUUUGUCAACGGCGAAAUGAUGGGCAUUAAUACAGAACGGCGAUUAAUGAGUGGCCUUUGCUGAUUGGUCGUUGGCGACGUCCACCGUAGGAGGAGCGGUCGGGGGGAAAUAGACGGACGACUAAAGAGGCUUUGCGCUUCAUGAUGGGAGUGGUAGUUUAUUCUAUUGCAUUGUGCGCGUAGGGCGGGAAGAAUGGCUUACUAAAGGACUACACAUCCCAGAAUGCUUUGAAGCCACCUUGUCUUCCGAUUGUUGUGAAUAUGUAUCAGAAUGUUAAUGAUUUGCUGCUGCUAAAUUUGGUCAAAGGAGUCACCUCGCCAGAGCGUGUUGUUAGAGCUGUUCGGAGUGGUGGGUUUGGGUUGUCGUUGCGGUUCGUUGUUAUAUUGUUCUGUCUUGCUAUUUGCAAGAGUUUGAAAGGAAAAGGAGAGGAUAAAAAAGGGGAAAAUAAACAACUCAAAUCAAUUAAGAUCGUGUUUCUUCUUUUUAAUUUUUGUUAAGGGGAGGGAGAACAGCCAUUUCAAGGGGAAGAAGAAAAACAAAACCGCAACAAAAGGUGAUCGCGCUUAGACCUUGGAAGACGCGUAUAAUUACUAGGGGGAAAAGACGGGAGCGACAACAACACAUUCUUUUCAUCUCGGGAGUUCUUGGUUGCUCUACAGAAAAGGAUUUCUCCCUUUCGUCUCUUAUCUGUCUCAUUGCGAAGGGCCAACAACUAAGAUCAAUAAAAGUUUUCAAACGGAAGAGGCGGCUGCGAGAGGGAUCUCUGUGGGAGAGGAUCGCAUUUGGUAUGAGCGGAGUUUUCCUUUCCUUUUCCUUUGCUUGCCGUCUAGGGGGGCAGGAGGAGGAGGGUCAAUCGCGGUGAAGGGAGAGCGUCGACCUUCGGACCGCGAGAGAGGGAGCCGGCGCCGCUGGAGAGCCGUGAAUGAGAAGCCUGCUGAGCGUUGGGGCAUCGGAAGAGGGACUUGGUCGAAGGCAGGUCGAAGCAGCUUUGGAACGUUGAGACAUCUGGACCGCCUGACUGCUCAGGGCCCUGGGCGUCGGAGCGCCGGAAUCGGGGGAAUUGGCCACGGUCUCUUCGGCGAUCAUGCUCGUUGGUCAGUGACAGCCCCUGGGGAAUGUUUCAGGGGACCCCUUCUGUCGGGGACAUAGCACCAGCCGCCGCCUCUUGUGUCUUCGCUCGAGUCCCAGGGGUGGGAAGGUACGGGCAGAGCCUGAGACGCUCCUCAAAGCACGAGCGCCGGGCAGCCCCGUCCUCCUCCGUCUCCUUUGCAUUACUGCAAUUAAAAUCAAUGAACCGAGUUUUCCUUCUGGCCCAGAGCACCCACUAAAUCGGUUUGGAUGAUUCGCGAUCUGAGCAAGAUGUACCCUCAAACCAGACACCCGGCACCGCAUCAGCCUGCUCAACCCUUCAAAUUCACCAUUUCCGAAUCCUGUGAUCGGAUUAAGGAGGAGUUUCAGUUUUUACAGGCUCAGUACCACAGUUUAAAGCUAGAAUGUGAAAAACUGGCCAGUGAAAAGACAGAGAUGCAGCGACAUUAUGUUAUGUAUUACGAAAUGUCCUACGGGUUGAAUAUAGAGAUGCAUAAGCAGGCAGAAAUUGUCAAGAGGCUGAAUGCCAUAUGUGCCCAGGUCAUUCCAUUCUUAUCCCAGGAGCACCAGCAACAAGUGGUGCAGGCUGUGGAACGUGCCAAGCAAGUGACCAUGGCAGAACUGAACGCAAUCAUUGGGCAGCAGCAACUGCAGGCCCAGCAUUUAUCUCAUGGACAUGGUCUCCCAGUGCCUCUCACUCCACACCCUUCUGGACUGCAGCCACCAGCUAUCCCACCCAUUGGCAGCAGCGCUGGCCUUUUAGCCUUGUCAAGCGCCCUUGGGGGGCAGUCCCAUCUCCCGAUCAAAGAUGAAAAGAAACAUCAUGAUAACGAUCACCAAAGAGACAGAGACUCCAUAAAGAGUUCCUCUGUUUCUCCAUCAGCCAGUUUCAGAUCCUCUGAGAAGCACAGAAACUCAACAGAUUACUCCUCUGAAAGCAAAAAACAGAAGACAGAAGAAAAAGAAAUAGCAACUCGUUAUGACAGUGAUGGAGAAAAAAGUGAUGAUAACUUGGUGGUGGAUGUUUCCAAUGAGGAUCCUUCAUCACCACGAGGAAGCCCAGCACAUUCUCCAAGGGAAAAUGGCUUGGACAAGACCCGUUUACUCAAGAAAGAUGCACCCAUUAGCCCAGCCUCAAUAGCAUCUUCCAGCAGCACUCCUUCCUCCAAAUCCAAAGAACUUAGCCUUAAUGAGAAAUCUACCACCCCUGUGUCUAAAUCAAGUACCCCUACUCCACGGACUGACGCUCCAACUCCAGGCAGUAAUUCUACACCAGGAUUGAGACCUGUGCCUGGCAAACCACCAGGAGUUGAUCCAUUAGCUUCAGGCCUACGAACACCCAUGGCAGUACCUUGUCCUUACCCUGCCCCAUUUGGAAUAGUACCCCAUGCUGGAAUGAAUGGUGAGCUGACCAGUCCUGGAGCUGCAUAUGCGGGUCUCCAUAACAUCUCUCCUCAAAUGAGUGCAGCUGCCGCUGCUGCUGCUGCUGCAGCAGCAUAUGGAAGAUCUCCAGUGGUUGGUUUUGAUCCACAUCAUCAUAUGCGAGUCCCAGGCAUCCCUCCGAAUCUGACAGGCAUCCCAGGAGGAAAACCAGCAUACUCAUUUCAUGUAAGUGCUGAUGGGCAAAUGCAGCCUGUACCUUUUCCUCCUGAUGCCCUCAUUGGGCCAGGAAUCCCACGCCAUGCUCGGCAGAUUAACACCCUGAACCAUGGGGAAGUAGUGUGUGCAGUUACUAUCAGCAACCCUACAAGGCAUGUGUACACAGGUGGGAAAGGAUGUGUCAAGGUCUGGGAUAUCAGUCAUCCAGGGAACAAGAGCCCUGUCUCUCAACUAGAUUGUCUGAACAGAGAUAACUACAUCCGCUCCUGCAGAUUGCUCCCUGACGGCCGCACCCUGAUUGUUGGUGGGGAAGCCAGCACAUUAUCCAUUUGGGACCUGGCAGCUCCAACUCCGCGUAUAAAAGCAGAGCUGACUUCCUCCGCUCCCGCCUGCUAUGCUCUCGCAAUCAGCCCGGAUUCCAAGGUCUGCUUCUCCUGCUGUAGUGACGGGAACAUCGCAGUGUGGGAUCUGCACAAUCAAACAUUGGUCAGGCAAUUCCAAGGCCACACAGAUGGAGCUAGCUGCAUUGAUAUUUCAAACGAUGGCACUAAGCUCUGGACAGGAGGCCUGGACAAUACAGUGAGAUCCUGGGACCUGAGGGAAGGGAGACAACUACAGCAGCAUGAUUUCACUUCACAGAUCUUCUCACUGGGUUAUUGCCCAACUGGAGAAUGGUUGGCAGUAGGAAUGGAGAACAGCAAUGUGGAAGUGCUGCAUGUCACUAAACCAGACAAGUAUCAACUGCAUCUUCAUGAGAGUUGUGUGUUAUCCCUGAAAUUCGCUCACUGUGGCAAAUGGUUUGUAAGCACUGGAAAAGAUAACCUUCUGAAUGCAUGGAGAACACCUUAUGGAGCUAGCAUAUUCCAGUCCAAAGAGUCAUCUUCUGUGCUUAGCUGUGAUAUCUCUGUGGAUGACAAAUACAUUGUCACUGGUUCUGGGGACAAGAAAGCUACAGUCUAUGAAGUUAUUUAUUAGAGACAAAUCUGAAUGGAAACCAUAUUCCUCCUUGUAGCACUUUGCUGUAUAUUUUUCUCUUCCCCCCCCCUUCCCAAACUGAGGACAGAAAAUGUUCAUCACAAUUGUGGUAUUUCUCCACCAGACUUGCUAUUUAAUAGCAGGCAUUCAUUAAGAACUUUUAAUACCAAAUCUCCAGCUAUCUACUUGGAAGAAGAUGGAAUAAACAUACUUAACAGGGAACUGACUCUUUUAAUUAUGUAUCAUAGCUGUAAUGUAUUUAUUUUGUUUAAAGAAAUCUUUUUAACAAGGAACUGACUAAAUAAAGUAGUCUGCUUCUGCCUUGGAUUUGAAGAGAGAAGUACAAUAACUUGUCUCAACAAAUCACCUUCCUCCCUUCUGGACAUUUUUGCCACAUUUCUUUGAAAGGGGAGAUGCGAGGCUUUGGGCAAUUUUGCAGUUACAAAGAUUACUGAAAAAUAUUUGAUAUAUUCAUUGGAAAUGCACUGAGAAGGGAAUGGAUUCUACAAAUGUGCAAACUAUAAAAGCGAGGACCUCAGAGGUAGGAUUUAGAAGAGCACUCAUUCUGAAGUGUGGAACAGAAUGGAUUUUCACUUGGGAGAAGGACUUGCUUUAUUUACCGCCAGUUCUGUCCAAGUCUUAGUUGAAUGUCCCUGAAAUGGACGCAGGCUGAGCCAUUGUGCCAGAAAUAUUGUGUUAUCUUUUUAUAUUGUUGUUGUUGCUGUUAAACUAUGACCUGUGACAUAUUUUUUUUUGAAUGCUUUAAAAAAAAUCUUUUAAGUCUGUGGAUCUGCUGAUGUACAGUGCCUUUGCUGCUAUGGAUCAAAAUCAAAAGAACUGUGUAGAUAAACCUUUAUUGUGUAACUAGAAAUUUACUUAAUUUCAUACUAGAAAUGGGUUAAUGCUGCAAGUUGAAAUGGACUGUUCAUUGAAGUUCCAAAUGUGGUAGCAAAAACAAAAAGAAAUGUGUUAAGUGAUCAGUGUUUGAUGUCAUUAACAGUUUCGUAAUACUCUACAGUGUAGAAAAAUUUUGAUACUAAACUGUGUCAUUGUACAUAGUUCUAAUGCAUUGUAUUGACCACAAGUACUUCUAUAAUGGUAGAUUAUUGUUUGUGCAUUCAAACUU